GAAAGGAACAAUCAGUUGACACUGAUAAAGGAGCUGCCAAAGUAUCUUUAUUUUCUCUUCGCUGAAGAAAACACAGAUAAAAGAAAUGGCCACAAUUUCAUUCCCGCUCUCUGUUCGCUCUUUGUCCUCAGAACGUAGUCGUUUUCCAGUCCCACAGCUUCACCCACCCAUUAAAAUAAUAUGUUCUGGCAGUGCAGAUGGGUCUAAAUCAAAGCCAUUUAAGGAACUUCAAAGUGUGGCUUGUGGACUUCUUGCUGCUUGGGCUGUCACUUCUGCAUCACCUGUAAUAGCUGCUAGUCAGAGGCUGCCCCCACUCUCAACAGAGCCCAACCGCUGUGAGAAGGCAUUUGUUGGGAACACAAUAGGUCAAGCCAAUGGUGUUUAUGACAAGCCAAUUGAUCUUCGCUUCUGUGAUUAUACAAAUGAAAAAUCCAAUCUAAAAGGGAAGUCUUUGGCAGCAGCACUUAUGUCAGAUGCCAAGUUUGAUGGUGCUGAUAUGUCAGAGGUGGUGAUGUCAAAGGCUUAUGCUGUUGGAGCUAGCUUCAAGGGUGUGGACUUCUCAAAUGCUGUUUUAGAUAGGGUUAACUUUGGGAAAGCGAAUCUCCAAGGAGCUGUAUUUAAGAAUACUGUACUAUCAGGCUCCACUUUUGACGAAGCUCAAUUGGCGGAUGCCGUUUUUGAGGACACCAUAAUAGGCUAUAUUGAUCUUCAGAAGCUUUGUAAAAAUACAAGUAUUAAUCUUGAAGGAAGAGAAAUUCUGGGUUGUCGGUGAUUUUAUUUCAUUUUCUUUUCUCUAUUCUUAUGAUUAAAGAUGUCUGUUGAUAUCAUAAUCGACAAUUAUGUAGAGUGAUAUCCAGUUAUAUAGAGAACCAUAUUCACUAAAA